AUGGAAGUUAAUAAUGGUAGGAAAACAAAAAUUUGGUUGGAUAGAUGGAUCCCGGGUCAAGACACUCCCCCUCAACCAAUUAAUGACUUUCACAGAUUUUAUCAAGAUGUUGAAGAACUAAUUCUCCCAAACACCAACAACUGGAAUGUUGAACUUACUAAUCAGCUUUUUGAUAUUAAUACUUCCCAGAAGAUACAUAACUCAUUCCUUGAUACUUCUAAAGAAGAAAUCAUGGUUUGGAUGCCAGCUAAAGAUGGGAAAUUUUCAGUUAAGAGUACUUAUAAGAAACUUACUAUGAACAACUCAGAAUCCCUUGUUAAUGGAAGGAUUAUUCAAAACAAGGUUUGGAAAGCAUUGUGGAAGAGAAACACAACACACAAGAUUAAACUGUUUGCUUGGAGAUGUAUUCAUGACUCUCAUCCUACCAGGCAUAAGUUGGCACGCUAUAAUGACAUCAUUGAUUCACAGUGUCCGAUAUGUGGAAACAUGGAAGAAGCUAUAGAGCAUUUACUUUUUCAUUAUAGGCAUUCAAGAACAGUCUGGAGAUUGGUUAAUGUUGAUAUAGAUGAAGUGAAAAGAAAUUGUGAAGGGAUUAAAGGAUUCUACGCGGAUGGAGUACUAAGUCCGAAAACUGGAGAAUGCAUGGUUAUACGUGAAGCUCUGAUUUGGUCUAGAGAGAAGCAACUCACAAGAAUUCACGUAGAAGCUGAUGCAAAUAGAGAUGAUAACAGGGUAACUGAUGCAAUUCCAAGAACUGUUAGAGAAACAAUUACAAACUUGAAUCUCUUAAAUAAUUUCUCUGCAGAAAUUUGUAGUCUCCUUGCAAGAGACUUUAACACUUCUUCAACAUAA